GUCACCACUACUACCUCUACUACUACAACCGUCACCACUACUACAACCGUCACCACUACUACCUCUACUACUACAACCGUCACCACUACUACAUCUACUACUACAACCGUCACCACUACUACAACCGUCACCACUACUACAACCGUCACCACUACUACCUCUCCUACUGCAACCGUCACCACUACUACAUCUACUACUACAACCGUCACCACUACUACCUCUACUACUACAACCGUCACCACUACUACAUCUACUACUACAACCGUCACCACUACUACCUCUACUACUACAACCGUCACCACUACUACAUCUACUACUACAACCGUCACCACUACUACCUCUACUACUACAACCGUCACCACUACUACCUCUACUACUACAACCGUCACCACUACUACCUCUACUACUACAACCGUCACCACCACUACAUCUACUACUACAACCGUCACCACCACUACCUCUACUACUACAACCGUCACCACUACUACCUCUACUACUACAACCGUCACCACUACUACCUCUACUACUACAACCGUCACCACUACUACCUCUACUACUACAACCGUCACCACCACUACCACUACUACCUCUACUACUACAACCACCGUCACCACUUCUACCUCUACUACUACAACCGUCACCACUACUACCUCUGCUACUACAACCGUCACCACUACUACCUCUACUACUACAACCGUCACCACUACUACCUCUACUACUACAACCGUCACCACUACUACCUCUACUACUGCAACCGUCACCACUACUACCUCUACUACAACCGUCACCACUACUAUCUCUACUACUACAACCGUCACCACUACUAUCUCUGCUACUACAACCGUCACCACCACUACCUCUGCUACUACAACCGUCACCACUACUACCUCUACUACUGCAACCGUCACCACUACUAUCUCUGCUACUACAACCGUCACCACUACUACCUCUACUACUACAACCGUCACCACCACUACCUCUGCUACUACAACCGUCACCACUACUAUCUCUACUACUACAACCGUCACCACUACUACCUCUACUACUACAACCGUCACCACUACUAUCUCUACUACUACAACCGUCACCACUACUAUCUCUGCUACUACAACCGUCACCACCACUACCUCUGCUACUACAACCGUCACCACUACUACCUCUACUACUACAACCGUCACCACUACU